CCCCAAGGACAUUCCGAAGGGCAAGAGGACUCGCUAUCACGAAGCGGGGGCGAGUGAGCCGACAAGCAUCAGGAGGGUAGAGGAGGUUUAGGGGAAGGAGGGAUUCCAUUCGAUCCGCCCCAGUCCCUCCGCGGCGCUGCUCCGGGUAGGUGCUCGCUUCCGGCCUCCUAGAUCAAUUGGUAUUCAGUGCGUAUUAGGACGAGCGGACGAUGUGGACGGGCGAGGAAGGGAGAGGGAAGGGGCUGAUGAGGAGGGCUCUCAGAUCUUUCCUCAGCCUGGAUGCUUGCUUUUCCCCCAAGGACCUCUUCUUUCAGGGCUCGCGCCUUCUUCGACCACGGGUGGAGAACGUGCGGUUGGUGGAUCGAUACAACCGGCGGAAGGUGUCGAUGGGGACGCUCUAUCUCACCGCCACUCAUCUCAUCUUCGUGGAUCCGGACAACAAGAAGGAGACCUGGAUCCAGCAUUCGCAUAUCGGAUCGGUGGAGAAGCUGAGCCUGAGCACGAGCGGCUGCCCGCUGCACAUCCGCUGCAAGACCUUCCUCAUCGUCACGUUCAUCAUCCCCAAAGAGCGGGAUUGCCACAACAUCUACACUUCUCUUUGCCAACUCUCUCAGCCAGUGAAUGUGGAGGAUCUCUAUUGCUUCCAUUACACAUCCCCGGACCAGGAGUUGUGUCGGGGGAUCGGCUGGAAUUUCUUCGACCUCCAGGCGGAGUAUCAGCGCUUUGGCAUCCCCAAUGAGCACUGGACGCUCAGCAACAUCAACAAGGACUAUGAGCUCUGUGAUACAUACCCCAGGAUCUUGUAUGUCCCAUCUUCUGCAUCUACCCCUGUCCUUGUGGGCAGUUCCAAAUUUCGCAGUCGAGGCCGCCUCCCCAUCCUCUCCUAUGUCUAUAGAAACAAGGCUUCAAUAUGUCGGUGUAGCCAGCCCCUUGUGGGAUUCAGUGCCAGGUGCAUGGAAGAUGAGCAUUUACUCAAUUGCAUCCUACAUGCCAACCCCAAUGCUGACUUCAUGUAUGUCGUUGACACACGACCAAUGAUCAAUGCAGUUGUCAACCGGGCUGCUGGGAAGGGCUAUGAGAAGGAGGAUUUUUAUGCGAACAUCAAGUUCCAGUUCAUGUCCAUUGAGAACAUUCAUGUUAUGAGAAGCAGCCUGGCCAAGCUUCUAGAAGCAUGUGAACUGAAGUCCCCCUCCAUGAGCUCAUUCCUGGAUGGGUUGGCAAGCAGUGGGUGGCUCAAGCAUAUCAAAUCCAUCCUAGAGACAGGGUGGUUUGUGGCCAAAGCAGUUGCAGGUGGGAUCUCUGUACUCGUCCACUGCAGUGAUGGCUGGGAUCGCACUGCUCAAGUCUGUGCCCUGGCCCAGCUCUUCCUUGACUCACACUAUCGCACCAUUCAGGGAUUCCAGGUCUUG